AUGGAACACAAUGAUUGGCUCAAGCUGUUACAAGACGUAGACUACGACUUCAAUAUCCUGGCCGGCAUUGGUAUCGACGGUUUACAGAGAGACAACGGCAUGGAGACAUCGACAAACCCCGACUCCAACAUCCCAGCCGAGGAGCCUGUCGAAAAUGCACCUGAUCCCGGACCGUCACAGGCGAGGAGCUCGGAGGCCCGAAACACUGGAAAUGAUCAGGGAGUCCGAGAAUGUCGCAGGGGAGGCUGCCAAAGCCCAGCGGUUCCUGGUAUCGUGGAGUGUGAGAAGCACCGGAAAGAGACGAAUGAAUACAGCGCAAGAAAGGUUCGUGUACGAUAUGCGGCGCGACGAACACCCGUGGCGUAA